AUGAAUUUUAGUCAGAGCUUUCCACCGCUGAGCAAGGAGAGAGAAACAGGAAGCAGAAGGACAAAGUCUCUGUGCGAUAUUCAACUUUCUCCGAAAAUUAAAUUUGAUGUGAAAAAGGAAGGAAAGAUUAACAUUCGUAACCCAGCCUUUCAUUUAUCUGUUUUGUCCUCUGGGAAUUUCUGGGCCAGUAACAGCUGGGGUGACCUCAUCCUAUUUGACAAGGAGGGGAAUGUGUUAAAGAAAAUAACUACUAACGUAGUAGAUGCCAUGGGUUAUCACACAACUACCAUAGAAAGAAAACUUCUCUUCACAGUUGCCAAAACUAAAACUAUCUUCCAGGUUACUAGCGAAUUGACCAGCUCGAAAAUAAUCUUGUGUGAGGAGUGGGAACCUGGGGCAAUUCACUCCUCCUGCAUCAAUGGAGACAUGCUAGUGGGGAUGAUUAAAAAUAAAGAAUUCAAGGUGACCAGAUUCAGCAAGGAAGGGAAAAAACUCCAAGUGAUCCAAAGAGAUGAAAAAGGGAAUAACCUUUACAAGAGUAUAAACUACAUCACAGAGAACAUCAACGGUGACAUCUGUACAUCAGACAAUACCGCCCAUAGAGUGGUAGGGGUGACCAGAUCCGGACAGCACCGGUUCUUUUACUUUGGUCUCCAGUCUCAGUCUGCAUUCCAUCCUAAUGGUAUCCGUACAGACAGGCUGGGACAUAUCUUGGUGUGUAAUAGCUAUUGCUCCUUGUUCAGAAAUAAUUCCAGCGUCCACCUGCUGGACAUGGAUGGUCAAUUCCUGUCCCUUUUACUCCCACCAGAUCAAUGUCCGAAGAAACCCCGUGCUCUCUUUUUGGAUGACCAGGACAGUUUAAUGGUCGGGGGUGAGGAUAGUUCUACUGUCAUUGUGUACAAAUACCUCCAGAUGAAGGAAAACAACUAA